AUGGUCCUACACAAUCCUAACAAUUGGCAUUGGGUGAAUAAAGAUGUGCGGGAAUGGGCACGGGAGUACUUCGACAAGAACCUGGUGGGCAUCAAGGCAGAAGAGGGCGAAGUUUCGGCGGAAAUCCUGAAAGUGAAGAGUAUGGAGGGAGACGUGGAUGUCAGUCAGCGCAAGGGAAAAGUCAUAACACUUUUCGACGUGAAAGUACAAUUGGAAUAUAUUGGGAGCACCGAUGAUGACGAUGAUGUGACCGGCAAUAUAACAGUCCCGGAAGUGGCGCAUGACACAGAGGAAGAUGAGUAUGUCUUUGAGAUAGACAUCUCUGAUCAGUCGCUAGCUAAACAACCAAUAAAAGACCUUGUCCGUAAGGCCAUUGUCCCACAACUCCGCAAGAGCCUCGCCCGGCUAGGGCCUUCCUUGAUCGAGGAGCAUGGUAAAGAUAUCCAACAUGCCACAGGACAAGCGCCAUCCCUCCCCACAACCAAAGUGACCACUUCCUCCUCUAUCAACCAAUCAAAAUUCAAAAGUGCCAGUAACACUACUUCCUCCACAGGGACUACAAUAUCGAGUGGUCCAUUGGUAAAUACGACAACGCUCAACUACACAGACGAAUUUCGCACGACAGCGGAGGAGCUCUACACAACCUUCACUUCUCCUGAGCGCCUCGCAGCAUUUACGCGCUCCCCGCCCACAGUCUUCGAAGGAGUCAAAGCUGGCGGCAAGUUCGCAAUCUUCGGUGGCAACGUUAGUGGUUCUUUCGAAACGCUCGAGCCUCCGAAGAAGCUUGUGCAAAAGUGGCGCUUAUCCACCUGGCCCGAGGGGCAUUUCUCGAGCUUGGAGUUGGUGUUCGAUCAAAAUAAUGAAGACCAAGUCACCGUAUUGAGGGUCACGCACUCCUUUGUGCCAGCUGGGGAGGAAGAAGUGGUAAGGAGGAACUGGGAAAAUUUUUACGUCAGGGGGAUCAAGACAACUUUUGGAUUUGGGACAAUCUUGUGA